AUUUGAAUUUCAAUGUUACCUGAAUUUGGUGAAAGUGAUGCAGAGAGAUAUGAAAAACUAGAAAAAAUUGGGAGUGGAACCUAUGGAGUUGUGUAUAAAGCAUUGGAUAAAUUAAAUGGAUAAAUUGUAGCUGUUAAAAAAAUGACCUAAGAAGUAUUGAAAAUCCGCCAAAUCAUUAGUUAGAGCAAGAAGGUGUGCCUUCAACUGCCAUUAGAGAGAUUAGUUUACUCAGAGAGCUCAACAAUCCACAUAUCGUUUAAUUAAAGGACGUAGUUAUUAGAAAUAAGAAACUUUAACUAGUCUUUGAAUAUAUGGAAAGAGACCUUAAAGCACUUUUGGAUAGUUCUCCAAAAGAUCAAUCUCUCGAUAAAAUUACCAUUAAAAAAAUAAUCCAUUAAAUAUUGAAAGGAAUUCAAGCAUGUCAUCAAAGAAGAAUUUUACAUAGAGAUCUUAAACCCUAAAAUAUAUUAAUUGAUAAAUAAGGUAUUCCAAAUUCAAAUCAUUGUAGGCAAUACAAAAAUAGCUGAUUUUGGUUUAGCUAGACCUUUCUAAGUUCCAAUAAGACCUUAUACACAUGAAGUUGUAACUUUAUGGUAUAGAGCACCUGAAGUAUUAUUGGGAGCUGUUGAAUAUAGUACUCCAGUAGAUAUAUGGUCAGUUGGAUGCAUCUUUUAUGAAUUAAUUACAAAAAAAGCACUUUUCACAGGAGAUUCUGAAAUUGAUUAAUUAUUUAGAAUUUUUAGAAUUCUAGGUACUCCAAAUGAAAAUACAUGGCCAGUAUUAUUAUAAAUUCUAUUUAUCUAGGGUGUAACUAAUUUGAAGGAUUACAAAACUACAUUUCCUAAUUGGAGUCCUUAAGGAUUUAAAUAAUUAUUAAAUAGAGAUGUAGAUUAAUUAGCUAUUGAUUUAUUGACUAGAAUGCUUAAAUUAGAUCCUACUCAAAGAAUUAGUGCUAAAUAGGCACUUAAUCAUGUAAAUAAUUAAAAAUAUUAUAAGUAAUACUUUUAAGAAUUUCAAGUCAAACCAAUUCCAAAGAAAUCAGAUUAUUAAUCCUUAAUUAAAUUUCCAUGAAUUUAUUAUAUCAUAUUAUU